AUGGCUCGUACGAAGCAAACGGCACGUAAGUCCACCGGCGGGAAGGCUCCUCGCAAGCAGCUGGCGACGAAGGCCGCUCGGAAGUCAGCUCCAGCUACCGGAGGGGUGAAGAAGCCGCAUCGCUAUCGCCCGGGGACCGUCGCUCUUCGUGAGAUUCGUCGUUACCAGAAGUCAACUGAGUUGCUGAUUCGCAAACUGCCUUUCCAACGUCUCGUGCGUGAGAUUGCGCAAGAUUUCAAGACCGACCUGCGCUUCCAGUCGUCUGCGGUAAUGGCCCUGCAGGAGGCGUCCGAAGCCUACUUGGUAGGGCUGUUCGAGGACACCAACCUUUGUGCGAUCCACGCGAAGCGAGUGACCAUCAUGCCGAAGGACAUCCAGUUGGCUCGUCGUGUCCGAGGGGAACGAGCGUGA